GGUACAGUAUUCUUUUUUCAAAUUCAUUUUUUUUUAAACUUUGUCCCCCGAUUUCACCCUCGGUGGUUUGACAGUGUUGCCAAUUUUAUUUUUCGUUUGAAAAGUAAUUAAAUAAGUUUUGUGGUUUAAAAGCUAUGAAUGAAUUUGUGGUUCGAAGGUGAAGUCGGGUACUUUGUACAAAUAAAAAUCGCUCUGAUGUGAAAGGGAACAAAGAUGGACCUUAAAUAUCUGAUCCUAAUGAUUGCCUUCGCGACAGUCGAAAUAAACGUAACUGAGAGUCGACAGAACGACAAAAGGCGAUGGAAAAACGACAAGGUUUACUCACACUACGUUAAUAUUUGUGAUAUACAGGAUCGAGGGUCCAAAGUUCAUUGUUACUGCGAAAGCAUAAAGAUAAAAACCGCUACAAAGGCCGAUUGUUGGGUAUUCAACGGCGGCAUAGCUGAAGACGAUCCGUUCUGGUCGAAUUUUUAUUCACAACCAAAAAUAGAAAAGUUAACAUUCAACGUCAGAGCUGACGGCGGACUGACGUAUAUACCCGCAAAAGUGAUCGUUAGACUGGAACGAUUACAAUACCUCAACAUACAGUACGCCAACAUCUAUAGUAUACCAUCGUUCGCCUUCACCAACUCGACCACGCUCCGAGAAAUAACACUGGCCAAGAACAAAAUAGCGAAACUGGAGAAAAUGUCGUUCGCUCAUCUAAUAAUGCUGUCAAACGUCAGCUUAGUAGAAAAUCAGAUCUCCGAACUGAAACGGGACGUGUUCUACGUCCUGCCCAAUUUGCAGAGACUGUAUCUAUCGAAGAACAUAAUUAGCGUCCUCCACGACGGAUGUUUCAAACAUCUCAACAAUCUCAUAAAAUUGGACCUCGACAACAAUCAGUUGACAGUUGUCAUUAGGGAGAACUUCCAAGGGCUGUCUAAUCUGAUCACGUUGGAUAUGAGAAACAAUAAAUUAACGAUGAUAGGGGACCUUGCGUUUGCCGAACUUUGGAGCCUUCAAGAACUUUACCUGGAUGGCAACGAAAUAGAAUUUAUAUCCGAGAGGGGUUUCGGUGGAUUGACUCAGCUGCGAAAACUUUCGCUGGCCGAUAAUAAGUUGGCGACAUUAGACGACGGCGUGCUCGAUGAUAUUCAAAAGUUGAAUGUUUUGGAUUUAAGGAACAAUAACUUAGAAACGUUGAAACAAGAAGCAGUACAAAAUGUUUUGGAAAACAUGAAGUCCAAUUAUGCGUUAAUCUCUCUUGACGGUAACAGACUGACCUGCGACUGCCGACUAUCCUGGCUACACAAACUCCGCAACGAAACCAAGAGCAAACGAGUCAAAGCUUCACUAUCCCGUCUCAACUGCAUAAUGGACACAAAGACCAACAUAGGCAACAGUAUCAAAAUCGAAAAACCACCAAAAGCUAUCCAAGGUUCAUAUAAAAAAGAACUUGACUAUGAAGAAGAAGAAUUUGAAGAGAAACAUUACGAUGACGCGAUGCAAGACCAAGAAACUGAUAAUGAUGAUACGAAGAUAGAAUACAAGAGGAAACUUCUAGAAAUACCAGCGGAGAUGCUUCCUUGUCCGAACCGUUUAAUCUAUGAGGCGUCAUAUUCGCCCCCGACGCAAGACGAGGUCAAAUAUUACAAGACUUCAUCAAGUUUCAAGCUUGUUGCUACAUCGGCGAAUUUGUUAGCAGCAGUUGUGUUAGCAAUAUUGUAGCGUAUGAAUUGAAGUGUAAAUAAUUCUGUGAUUUCAUUGAGCAUUUACUGUUGAUGUAUUUUUGAUUAAUUUGUAUUGAUUACAAUAGAUUUUCUCCCAGUUAUAAA